CAGAUGCUCAGUCAAAAACAUUCUGAAUUUUUAUCAUAUUCAGCAAUCAAUACACUUCUUAACACUACUAAUAUUGUUGGCUUUAGAGAAAAUGCUCAGCAAAUUAAUCGAAUGAUUUGUAAUAUAUUACCUAUUUCUGAAGGAAAAUUCUUUAUAUCACAAGCUGUAGAUUCAGUAAAUUUCACAUCAUAG